AAGCAGCUCUCGAUGCUCAUACAACUCCUCGACCGAUCGAUCAACUUUUAAUUCCAUAGAAUCGACAUUGACCCGAUCACCAUGAGCAAGAAGUUCGAGCUGCACAUUCAUACCUCGCCGGCCUUCUCGCUGCCUAGUACCGAUCCGCUGAGUAUUGCGGCACUUGCGUAUCUUCAGAUUGUUGCACCGGGGGAGUUUACCGUUGUUGAGUCCAGCGUUUCACCCUUACCAUCCCUCCGCGUCUUCCCCGAAGACAUCAGAAUAUCUGGCUACACCGAAAUCAUUGCCUACCUAAAACGCGCCUCCUACGACGCCGAUUCCGACCUGGAACCCAAACAACUCGCUCUCUCCGAAGCCUACUCCGCACUCAUUACCUCCCGCGGAAUCGACCUCUCCCUCCUCUCCCUCUACGCCGACUACCCCAACUAUUCGCGAGUGACAAGACAUGUGUUGAGUGCGCCGCUACCGUUCCCAGCGAGUUAUGUUGAGCCGUUUAGGCUGCGGACUGCGGCACAGGCACGAGUGGAGAAAUUGGGGUUCAACGAUGCCUUGGGUUCGAAUUUCACGGAUGAGGUGAAGGAGGAGAGGAAUCCCAAUCCAAGACAAAACACUUUUCCCUCACUCACCGCUCCACAACCCAAACUCUCACCCGAGAACCUGAGAAAGAGAAUAGCACUCACCAACCUCGCUUCAGAGUUUUACGCUACGAUCAAUACGAUUAUUCUGCAAAACCCAUUACGGCCUACACCGUUCGUGUUUGGAGAUCAACCUAGUUCGGUGGAUGCGUUGUUGUUCGGGGUACUGUCUACACACCUCUACCCCGAACUCCCAAACCCUUGGCUCGCAUCCGAACUUCGCAAGAAAGAACGCGUCGCGGCGUGGACACAUGAAGCACGUCGAACAUUUCUCCCAUCAUGUAUAAAGACAAUUACCUCACGGCCCUCAGUCACCUCGAUGGUCUGGGACGCUAUCUUCCAACAAGAAAAGAAGGCAGAAAACGCGGUAAAGGAUGCAGCUUCUGAAGCUGCCGAAGCACAAGCACGGACGAAAAGGAAUAAGAGGAUCAUGGUUGCCGUGGGUGGUGUGGUUGCGUUCAUUGUUUACGUUUUUGCCGCUGGGAUUGUGAGGAUUGAGGUGGGCGGGGAGGAGGAGGGGAUUGACGAUGAGGGCCAGGAGGAGGAGGAGGAGGAGGGUGGGUAUGUUGAUCCGGAUGAGUUGUAG